AUGAGGCGUCUCUGCUGCAGUCUCAUUUGUUGCGGGCGCAGGAAUGACAAAUCCCCAGUCCAGCCCAUCAUUCGCCUAGUUCCCGACGAGGAAUCCCCAGUCCAAUCUCCAGUUCAAACCCCAGUCAUAUCCCCAGUCCAACCCAUUAUACGCCUAGUUCCCGAAGAGGAGGAACCAAAGGUGAAGAAGUUGACUCUCCAUCAGAAGGUAGUAGAAAAAGCCCCCAGGCCACCUAAAGCAAAGCCACCCAAGCCCCUAAAGCCAUUGAAGCCAGGUAAAGUCCAGAAGCCGACUGCGCCCAAGAAGAAGGUGAAACCUCAGAAGAAGACCACCAGUAGCAGUGAAGCUACCAGUAGCAAUGAGGAAUACUCCCUUCCCUCGCCGCCACUUCACAAUUAUCGCACAGAUUUCACACCUGAAAUAAGUGGUGUCCAUUUGAACAGUGCUGAAUAUAGUGAUAUUGAAGUAUCAGAAACCUCCCUGGGAAGUGAUAGCGAACUUAACAGUGCCGAACAUAUUGAUUUUGAAAUGGAAGAGACUUCCCCGGGCGAUGGCUUGUUGAUCCACUCUCCAGAGGAAUUGUUGAACUCCACUCUAGAGGAAAUGCUGAUGUACUCUGCAGGCAUAGCCCAGAAGGGUAUGGAGCAUGGUAAGAGCUCAUCGAACGACACUUCGGAAGUACUUCCCUUCGGGUGGACGAAGGAAGAUCAAAAGCCUUCGGCAGCACAAGUCGCCACCUACCGAGCAAAAGGGGCUCAACUACAGCGCUGGUUAGAAGAUCCAAACGAACCAAACUGCUAUAUUUCCCCGAUAAUGACCACCAUAAACGACUUGCUGCAAGCUCCGUCACCCCGUACUUUCGAAGUGGGCAGUGCUGGUUUGGAUGACCCGUGCGACCUUAUGGACGGAGGCGAACCAGAAUCAGUAGGACUCAUUACCACGGGGCAUCACUACCGCUAUACCACGAUUUCAGACCGAGUCACGGACCCGAAGGUCCUAGAGGCAUUUCAGCGUGAAUAUGCAAACAAUAGCUACGCACAUAUAUGUGGACCAGGUCUUCUUGUUGCUCACUCCAUUUUUAGGUACGAUAACUUUCAGUGGAAUGAGAUUGGCCACGCCGUGUACACGAUAGACCGUCCCAUAGACACAUUGAAGUAUAUUAUGUUUAGACACGUCAUCAAUGAGGAGACUGAACCAUAUAUAUUGAAGGUACUCUACCCCAGACUUGGACUUCGUUUCAAAAUUCAGCAAUUUGAGCCAUGUCAGAAAAUCGAACGUGGCACCCCUGAGUAUGAGGAACUGCUCGGCACAAAGUUGGGCAAAGCAGCUGCUAUCCUUCUCAUCUCAUCUCUCCCUAGAGGUACGAGACGUAUCGCUCGAGCGGUCAUUUGGAAUGUCGGCGGCAAAAUUAUGGUAAGAUUUGAGGUUGAGUCCACCACAGAUGAGGAAAUACCUGGAGAUCCUAAAGAAGCUCCUGGAGAGGCACCUGACGAUCAUUCAUAUGCUUCAGAUAAUUUAUAUGAAGAAUCGGAAGGCGGGUAA